UGACGAUUCAUUUAUCACAGCAAAACAACUUUUAACAUUCAUAAAAGAAGUCAUGUAAUUAAAUUAAGGGUGUAUUUCACAAAGUCCACAUCCAAAUUGCCUUAUCAAGGGCGGAACCGUGUACUAAUAACAUUAAACAGAGCGAACAAACACGUAACAUUUUGCACACAACAAAUACUAAUGCUUAUCUCUUUGGAACAACACACAUAUACCAGAAUAAUAUUAGUAUUGCCCCAACGGUGUUCUCAUAGAGUCGUGAGUUUCAAAAUGGAAGUGACUAAAAAUAAGACGGACCCGUGGGGAUAUGUUGUUUGUUUAGGCACAAUCGUCACUUUCAUCGCUGGCGUCGGCCAUGUUAACUCAUUUGGGCUGAUCUACAAGGAUUUUAUCCUGGAAACUAAUUCCUCGGCGCGAUCGAUAACAACCGCCCACGGAGUCUUCGCUAUCAUGUUAGCUAUUGGAGGCUUAAUACUCAACAUCAUGUCUAAAAGUAAACUAUUAAGAACUGGUAGCUUCAUCGGCGCCGCUAUAUUUAUCGUCGGAUCAUUAUUGAACGUGAUAAUAUCAAAUACCGGUCAUCUACCUCUCACAUUUGGGAUGCUCCAGGGCAUGGGCUUCGGUAUGAUGGUGCCCGUCUGUUACUCGACGCUGAAUAUUUACUUCGUGAGAAGAAGGACGCAAGUGAUGAGCUUGAUAAAGGGAAUACAGGGCUUCAUUCUGAUAUGGUAUCCCCAGCUGAUGAAGAUGCUGCUGACUUCGUACGGGUUCAGGGGAACUCUGGUGAUCAUAGCGGCGAUAUCGCUACAUACGCUGCCAGGGAUGAUGACAAUGAUUGACAAAACGACGGAUAAAAGACGAAUAGCGAGAAGAAUUAACUUGGCAAACGUAGAAAAUAAUGAGAAUGCAGAUUUAUUACAAAAUACAGAAAACUCAUUGCAGAGGAAUAAACCGCAGAAUCAUAGUACGACUGCGAAAAUAGUGAGGAGCAUACUCGAGAUAUUAAACGUUAAGAUCUUAAAGGACUUGGUGUACUGCAACAUCUGUGUCGGACAGAGUUUCGUCAACUUUUCCGAUUUGAUAUUUUUCAUUCUACUACCGAUGUUGUUGCAGCAGUACGGAUAUGAGACGAAUCGAAUCGCACUUUGCAUUUCAAUAAGUGCAGCGGCCGAUGUUGGGGGACGGUUCGGUCUGGCCGCCCUGAGCAGCUUCGUCAAUGUCAACCCCAGGGUAUUGUUCUACGUGGCAACAUUCUUCACAUUCGUCGGUAGGCUAGUAAUUCUACAAAUAACAGAAAUCUUCUGGGUGGUGAUGGUGAUAUGUGUGCUGGGGGUAUUGCGGGCUCUGCUCCACAUCACCAGCCCCGUGGUGAUCUCCAACCACGUGGCUCACGAGGACUUCACAGCAGCCUACGCGUUGUUCCUACUGGCCGCGGGAAUCAUCAAUGUUAUAUUUUCUCCGCUAGUUGGUACUCUGAAAGACAUCAAUCAAGACUAUAUUCCAGCUUUUUAUGGAGUGAUAGCAUGCUGUAUCCCCUGUUUGAUAUUAUGGCCCCUGGAAUACGCUUUCAGAAGGAAAUAAAGAUA